GAGAGGAGAGAGAGAGAGAGGGAGGGAGCAGGGUAGCAGUAGGGAGCUUGCUCCUUGUAUUCCUAGCACAGUCUUUGCACUGUAAUGCGCGUUACUAGUAUCUGAUGGGCAUCAAAGACUGUCAGACUUCUCUAGACUCAACAAUAAGUAAAGAGAAAGUGGAAACCUCUAACAGAAAAGAAUAAGACGUUUGCUACAAAAAGCAGGUAAGAAAGAAAGAAAGAAAGAAAGAAAGAAAGAAAGAAAGAAAGAAAGAAAGAAAACAAACCUGGAUGAAAUAUUAAAAGCAGACGGCAAGGGUCUCUCUCUCUCUCGCUGGGUGAGGAUGCCAGGACUGCUGAACCGCUCCUCCUGGGCUCCUCUGCUGCUCAAAGCCUCCUGUGUGAAGUCCUGUGCCAAUGGCUACUUCCUGGGCCUCAAUGCCCACCUCACCUACACCAACCCCGACAGCGAGCCCGUGGAAGGUGUGUUCGUGUACCCCCUGCAGGAGAGGGAGGUGGUGGUCGGGUUCGAGGCCAUGACCGCGGGGAGGGUGCUCAGUGUUCAGAUCCAGAGCCGAGCCAGGCCUGAAGACUGCUCUCUGGACUGCUGCGGGAGCUCCAGCAUGGAGCUGCAGUGCACGAACGGACACCUGAUUCUGGAUGAAGACACGGAGCGAACCACUUUCAUCAUUGGCAUUGGGGUGAUCAGCCCCCUGGAUAUUGUGACAGUGAUCAUCAGCACCACCCAGGAGCUCCCCACGCUGGAGAAUGGCGCAAUCCACCUGCUGUUCCCUUCAGUGUUCACUCCCAUAGUGACAGGCGAGACAGUGCAGACCAAGAGCGAGUCAGGGGGGAGUUGUGAUGAGAACGGCUGUUUCAGAGCGGUGCCUGGGAAACAGGACAAACCGUCUGACUCUGCCCAGCUGUGUGCCCACACUAUCUUCACAGGACAGGCAACGAAUCCACAGCCCUACGAGAUGAACUUCGAGCUGCUCGUCAGAGGGGCCUGUCUACUGGCCGGGUUGGAGAGCCCCACUCACGCCCUGAGAGCCGACGGGGACCCCAGUGCCAAGUCCGCCUCCGCCACCUACAUCACACUGGCUGAAGAGCAUCCCUACAACUGCAACCUGGAGAUCAUCCUGCACCUGAGCGAGCCUCAUACCCCCCAUGUGCUGCUGGAAGAGGGGCGGCUCACCUUCCAGGAGUACGAACAGCACAUCCGCGGCCGGAGAGACUUCAUUCACUGCAGCAGGAAGGAGGCCGAGUCGGACAAGAGGCUGGAGCUCGUGCGGAAGCGCUUCCACAAGGACAUCCUGUUGAACCCGGUCCUGAUGCUGAACUUCUGCCCAGACCUGCGUGGAGCCCCCGGCGACCUCCACAGGGUCACGCGGGAGCUGGUGUUCCUCAUCGACCGGAGCGGCAGCAUGAGCGGAGCCAACAUCCACAAGAUCAAGGAGGCGAUGAUCCUGGCUAUCAAGAGCCUGCCCCCCGGGACCCUGCUGAACAUCGUGGGCUUCGGAUCCACCAUCAAGACCCUCUUCUCCGCCAGCAGGGUCUGCAGUGAGGACGCCCUCUCCUUGGCCUGCGAGUACCUUCAGAAGAUGAGAGCUGACAUGGGGGGCACCAACAUACUGGGGGCUCUGAGCUGGGUGUUCCAGCAGCCAGUGCACCGGGGAUACCCGCGGCAACUCUUCAUCCUCACCGACGGCAAGGCCAGCAAUGCAGGCAAGGUGAUCGAGCUGGUGAGGAGGCACGCCAGCACUGCCAGGUGCUUCAGUAUAGGGCUGGGUCCUCAUGUCUGCCCUCGGCUUCUGAGGGGCGUGUCCAGGGUGACAGGUGGGACAGCAGAGUUCCUCAGCGAUGGUGAGAGGGUGCAGCCCAAGCUCAUCAAAUCUCUUAAGAAAGCAUUGGAACCAGCCCUCAGCGACGUGCGGAUAGACUGGUACGUGCCAGACAAUGUGGAGGCCCUGCUCUCGCCCAAUGAGAUUGCUCCUUUGUACCCGGGGGACCGCCUCAUUGGUUACUGCACUGUUUACGACGUUUCUGCCUUUCGGAGCAAGAAGGCUGGUCAGUCGAAGGCGCGGGGCUCAAAGGGGCAGGCACGGGGCUCGGUCAGCUCCGUGUCCCAGGAUGACCUGUCCACCCCCUCGGCUGGAGAGCUCUGCCGCCCCCCUGAGCGCAUUGACAUCGAGGAGGCCCUGUGUGAGAUCUCCCGCGAGAUUUCAUCUGAGUUCUCCUGCGCCAGCACGGCAGACACAGGUGGAGAGCUGGAUUUCUCGAGUGACAUUCGCAGACGGAUCCUGCAGUCCUCUUAUGUCCAGGAGCAGUACAUCCUGACGCGGUGCUCAGUCAGCAGCGAGUCGCCCAGCUCUCGCGAGAUCACCAUGGAGACGGGCUCGCUGCCACAGGGUCUGGAGAAGGUGUCCCAGCAAGGCCCAAGGAGCCUGUCACGCUGGGAGUCACCAUGGAAACCACCACAGCAAACCGAGGCAGGAGGAGUGAAACCUGAGGUGACCAUGGCGUCGGGCAGCUCGGAGGAGGCUCAGCGGAAGCAGAGGUCCCUGGCCCGCUCUGCCCUGUCCAGCCGCAGCUUCUCCUCCCCGCAGGGAGAGCUGGACAUGCACCGGCUGAGACGCGCACUGGAGAAGGUGUCCUUCGACCAGGUUAUGGGCGGGAGGCUGGAGGAGAGCGAUGGGGCGACGCACUCCAUGCCACGCAAGAGCCUGACCGGCUCCAACAGCCUGCUGUUCCCUGCCUCCCCUCUAGACUGGGACUCCUUCACCGACCCUGAGUAUCUCUUCUCUGCCCUGCCCCCCGAGGAGGCAGCCCCGCCUGGGACUGACGCCCCCACGAUGCACUGCCGCUCCCUCAUUCACGGCCUGAUUGGUGGGGAGCCUGUGUCCUGGGAGGCGACAGCCAGUCUGGUGUCUCUGUUUGCUCCCAGGGCGGCGAGCAACCGGGGGGAUGUCUGGGAUGAGAUGGGGCACCAACUGACCGCGCGCUCCGUCAUCCGAGACUUCGAGAUCAUGGCAGAGAAAGAGGUGGAAAUCGAGCAUGGGCCUGCCAAGAGGAACCGUCUGAAAGCCAUUCAGACCAGCAAAGGCUGCAACACCAUCUCCAUGUACACCACCUUCACAGCGGUGGACUCCAGCACACAGGAGGGACUGCCUGCCUCGGUGGAAGUGCGCAAUGCAGGAGUGCGGUUCGGUCCUCGCAGGGGUUCUCGUUCAGGGAGCCGCCGUCAGAGAGCGUACUCCGUGGGUCUGGGGCGCCGGCCGUCCAGCCGGGACUCUGAGGAGCUGGACGAUGCCUUCGCACCCACAGAGAGAGAUGACACUCCAGCCUCUCCCUGCAGCACGAUCUCCUGGGACAGCAGUCUCGGGGGCAGCUGGUACCCAGGCAGUCCCUCCGCCAUGUCUGUGCGAUCGCAGCCCUCGGUGGAGAGCAAGACUGUAGAGAGCUUCUUUGGGUCCAGGUUCAGCCUGUCCAGGUUUCGGGGCUCCAGUUCUUCAGGAAAGCCACCACCCCUCAAACCGCAGUGUGUCUCAGCUGAGAUGGAGGAGUCUCCUGAGACAGAGACCACAGACUACCUCUCUCUGGUGCGUCUCCAGCUGGCGUCGGGGGCGUUCCUCUUGAAUGAUCUCUACUCCGAGAAGGUCCAGAUACCCCUGGAGCGUCUGAAGAGAGCAUCUCCCUUCACCAGCCACCGCUCCAGCCUCAGCCCCCCAUCCUGCUGCACCUCCCCACGGGCAGCAGCAGGCAGCACCCCCAAACCCACACUUUCCCAGCAGGAGCCUGGGAGCCUUAAAACCAACAACCGCAGAACCACCGGGGGUCCCUUUACUGAAGGGGACACCAUCACCCUCCUUGACCCUGCACUGACCUCGGCUCCAGAUUUCAGCGGAGUGCUGCAGCAGGCAGACAGCGGGCGCGGCUCCGAGACAGACGUGUGCGAGGGCUCCCCUGUCCAAUCAGAGGCAGGCGUGGCGCCCUUCGACCUCUCCAGCGAGCAGCAGGCAGAGAGGGACCUGGAGGGCUCAAGCUGGGCGACGGCAGUGGCUCUGGCCUGGCUGGAGCACCGCUGCGCCGGCUUCUUCGUGGAGUGGGAGCUGGUCGCCGCCAAGGCCGACUCCUGGCUGCGCGCCCAGCAGCUGCCCGAGGGCAUGGACCAGGCUGGCCUGAAGGGGGCAGCACGCCAGCUGUUCCUGCUGCUGCGCCACUGGGACGAGAACAUCAAGCUCAACAUUCUGUGCUACAACCCCAACAACAUGUGAAACCAGCCCGCCCACUGCAAGGAAGAUGAAGUGGUGUAAAGGUUACAACAGUCUCCUUACUGGCCCAAGACACCAGCCCAUGUGAAAUGAGUUCUGCUGGCCUCAUUCGGUCUCAGAAAUAAACCAAAAGAAUAAUAAUCAAAUAUAUAGGAGGCAGCACUUCAGUGAAUCCUCGAUGAUCCAGUUGCACAGUGUUUGUGAAUAGCUUGGAGAUCCGAUGUGGAUGAAAGACACUACAUACAUGCAAAAUGACAAACUAUAUACAAACCUCUCUCUGUAACAACCUCCACGGCCACUGAUUCCAGUCUACUACAGGUAAUCCUUGCAUUGCAGGUCGAUCCUGGCCCGCUAUGUCUACGAUUGCAAUGCUGUGCUCAGUGAUGCCUUAACAAUCACCAAAAAGAAAAUGAUUCUAUGAGACUGCAGGAUGAUCCCAUGACGUGCAUAUUACAUAUAGUUUAAACAUGCUCUUCAUAUAUUGUAAUGUUAGCUUAUGUACAGCAACUUGCCAAUUGCCCCAUUAAAAUUGUUUGUUUUAAAAUGUUAA